GUUCUUCAUUCAUCAUAUUGAUUCACACACGGGUAACGCUGUUGCUGAAACUUUUCCUAAACAAAGGUGGCACUGAAUUUGAUGUAAACGCAGUGAAAGACACGAGACGACUGAGUGAAAAUCUUUCUCUUGACCAGUAUGGACAACUGUUCUAGGCAAAAAACAGAAAGGUCUAACAGGCCUAAAGUUACAAUAUGGCCCUCAUAUGGAAACUCGUUUGAAGUGGAACUCUGUGAGACUGAGGAGGAGUUUGAGCGUCUGACCAUCCAGGACCUGUGGACAAAGAUCUCAGAGGCGUCACCAGGAAAAAACUACAGGCCAGAUCUCUGGACUCUCAGUUUCAGAGGCAGACAUUUUCAGCAUGAAAACUCUUUACUGUCUGAAGUUGGAAUCAAGCCUCAAUCAGUGAUUUAUCUGGAUAUAGUCAGACAACCUGGGCACAAACUCGAUGGCAGAGUCGGGAAAUGUCGCCAGACCAAAUCCUAUAGCAGAAUGUGGCAUCACAGGCGUCGCCAUCAGUCUGUACACAUGGAGGAUUUGAACACCUCCAAUCUCGUAGUACCUGAAGAAUAUGUUGGAAACUGCAUCAGCAUGAAGCAUUUGGCCGACUUAAACAGCCCAGUUCUCACAUCUGACAAAGAGCCUGGAACUGCUGACCAGUGUGAGGCUGCUGAUCAAACACCAGGAAACACUGGAGGAGAAACUGAACACAGGAGCCAAGAUCACCAGAGUAUCUCUCAGGAGGGGGAAUGUGAGGUUCUCGCUGAGUCAAGACCUAAAACAUAUAAAGUUACAAUUCAGCGCUCAUAUGGAGACUCAUUUGAAGUGGAACUCUGUGAGACUGAGGAGGAGUUUGAGCGUCUGACCGUCCAGGACCUGUGGACAAAGAUCUCAGAGGCGUCCAGAGGAAAAAACUACAGCCCAGCUCACUGGACUCUCCAUUUUAGAGGCAGAAGGUUUCGUCAUGAAAACACUUUACUGUCUAAAGUUGGAAUCAAGCCUCAAUCAGUGAUUUAUCUGGACUGGUCUAUUCACUCGCCUUUAAAAUUAAUACCUUAUUGCUACGAAGAAGAAUCAGACGAUGACGAGGAUGACGAGGAUGACGAGGAUGACGAGGAUGACGAGGAUGACGAGGAUGAAGGACUCAACCGUAUUUGGCCCAGCAUGGAAUGUUUGGCUGAUUUCAACAGCCCAGUUCUCACAUCUGACAUAGAGCCUGGUGCUGAGCAGUGAGUCUGACCUGUUUAGUGACCACAGGGACAUUUCUCUUGUAAACAAUACAAAAGCUGAUGAAAAUGUAUUUGUGAAAGAGUCAAACGUGUAUUGUGAAUGCACCUUAUAUCCCCCAUAGUUGUUCAUAUUGUAACGCCCUCUAAGGGUUUGACCGGCCCGUACAGGAGGCACCGUGGAUCACCAGACAACUAUAAAUGAGAGAGUUCAGUUACAAAUGGUUUUAUCUCAAUAAUCCAAAGUUAAAUUGGGGAAUCGACAUGUCGUACUGAUGAGGGAGUUUGGUAAAAAGUUUGUUAAAAGGCUUGUUCAGAAGUCCGGGCGUUUGGUCGGGCUACGGUGGCUCCACGUCUGGCAGAGCUGGUGUGGUGCCUCGUCCCCAGCGUGCCCCAGUUUCACUCACGGAGCGGCCGAUUGCUCUUAAGACCGGCGGACCUCGGCCGGACAGAGCGACAACAAGGUGUGAGAGAGAGUGAGGGAGAAGGUUCACAGGAUUUUUAAACAAUAAGCACUGCCCCUUCCAGCUGCCAACGACAUGAUCAUUGGUCCACACCGACACCGAGAAAACUCACACAAAGAAAAAAAAAAACACUCCCAUUUAACGUGGCAGAGGAAGGAUACUGUUACCCCAGUUACAAAAUCCUUCAUCAUUUAAUAUAAUAGAGAGAUCUAAACUAUAAACUAAACCAGGUCCACAAAUCUGACAGUCAAACAGCAAACUCCACCACAGAGUUCAGACCUGUGCUCCAGCUCAGAGUUAAACUUUAUGUCACUUAUUUCAUCAUUUUCACAUCACUGUAAACAGGCUUCAGCAGAGUUACAUCGAACUGUACUGGGGGGGUGUUGUAUUUUUAUUUUCACUUGAUAAAAAAAAGAUUCUGACAUUUGAUUUUAGUCUGGACUUCUGUGGGUCUUUUUUGGUUGUGUCCUUUAUAAACGCUCGUCCUCUGUUGUUUUAUUUUGUUAAAGUAUUUUUCUUUUGGGCAGUGAUUCUCGUGUCGUCGACCUGACAAUAUUAUUUCUUACAUAACGUGAAGCCUGUAGCCAAACUAGUGUCAUAUAGUGAUAAUGUGUGCACUGUGUCUCCAUGGUAACUGCUGAACAUUCCACUCUAGACGUGCAUGUAAAACACCUCCAGCUUGAUGUCACUGCAAAGUUGUAUUGUAUUUUAUUUCAUUAAAUCGUCUGAAACACGA